AUGGCACAAUUAAAUAAAUUUUUAGAAAGUGAAAAAUAUAUUGAUAUUUAUAAUAAAUGUCAAAAUAUAUUUUUUACAAAAAAUAAUAAUAUUGGUCAACAGGUAUUCCAAAAACCAGGUGAACAGACACCAACCCAACUCCGUCGACAACGAUCGGCUGAAAAACUUAUGAUGAUCAUUUUCUGGGACGAAGAUGGCGUUCUGCCACCUGGAACUACGAUCAAUGGUCCGUAUUAUGCAUCAAUCAUCGAGCGGCUGCGUUUUGCUAUCCUGGAGAAACGUCGCGGCAAAGUUCGUCAUGGUAUGCUGCUUCUUCAUGACAACGCCUCCGUUCACAAGUCCAACAUUGGGCAGGCUGCUAUUCGACAGGUCGGCUUCGUCGAAUUGAAUCACCCGGCUUAUUCUCCAAAUAUUGCACCGUGUGAUUACCACCUGUUCUCAAAUUUGAAAAAGUUCCUUCGUGGCAAGAAUUUUAGCUCCGACAAUGAAGCAAUAGGAGCUAAUGUUAAAAAAAUAAUUGAAGAUAGUAUAAGACGUUAUAUAGAAAGAAUAAAAGCUCUUAUAAAUAAUCAUAAUUUUUCCAAAGCAGAUAGAAAAAGUCAAUCAAUAAGAUUAGUACGUAGAUGUUUAAGUAGCUAUUGUACAAAAGAAAUUGCUGAUCAAAUCGAAAAAUUAGAUGAAUAUCAAAAGGAAGUUGUUUCAAGAAAUAUUGUUGAUAGAUAUUCUGAAAUGGAUAUAAGUGGAUAUAAUUCAUAUCCACCAAAAGAUAUUUUUGAAAGAUUUACACAGGUUGAUCAAACGAAUCCAAUAUAUAAUGAGAUAUUAGAUAAAAUAAGAACAAUUGUACUUAAUAAAUUUCGAGAUGAAUUAGAAAAAGCAAAAUCAAAAUUAUUACCAUUUUCAGAAAAUAAACAUAUUCGAAGAUUUGAAUCUUCAGUUAUAUAUGCAUCUGAUACGAUAACAAGUGAACUUGAAGUUCAGUUACAAUAUUGUAAAUCCUCGUGGAAAAAAAUAGUUGCACACAAUUUUAAAAUUAGAACAAUAUGUUCUGAUUGUGAAAAACUAUCACAUAAAAUUGUAAACGAUGGUAAAUUAACAAGUGAAGAUUAUAAUAAAUUUAAUUUAUACUAUUGUAAUUUAAUAUCGAGUCGACAAGAAAUAACAGUUAUUAAUCCAGAUAUUCAAUUUAGUAUUGAUCAAAUUAAAAAAUAUAUAUAUUUGAGAAAAUUGAAACAUGGGAAAGUUCUAUUCAAUAUAAUUCAACUCUUGAAAAUGUUGUUAUAUAUAUAA